ACGCGCACGGUAUAAAGAUUCAUCUUCGGGAGUCAGCGCCCUCUUCCCUGCCUAUGCCCUCGUGAGGUGGGCAGUGUAAAAUAUUCUGUCUCUUUUCUCCACCAAGAGAAUCCGAAACCAUCCGCAAAAAUGGUGAACUUCACUGUUGACCAGAUCCGUGCCAUCAUGGACAAGAAGGCGAACAUCCGAAACAUGUCUGUGAUUGCGCACGUCGAUCACGGAAAGUCCACCCUGACAGACUCGCUGGUGUCGAAGGCUGGCAUCAUCGCCUCAGCCCGCGCUGGGGAGACUCGCUUCACGGAUACACGCAAAGACGAGCAGGAGCGUUGUAUUACCAUCAAGUCAACAGCUAUUUCCAUGUACUACGAGCUGAGCGAGAAUGAUCUGGCCUUCAUCAAGCAAAGCAGGGAUGGCUCUGGUUUCUUGAUCAACCUGAUUGACUCUCCUGGGCACGUGGACUUCUCUUCUGAAGUGACUGCUGCCCUUCGUGUCACUGAUGGAGCCCUUGUUGUCGUGGAUUGUGUGUCAGGCGUUUGCGUGCAAACUGAGACCGUGCUUCGCCAAGCUAUUGGUGAGCGUAUUAAGCCUGUCCUCAUGAUGAACAAGAUGGACCGUGCUCUGCUGGAGUUGCAGCUUGAGCCUGAAGACCUGUACCAGACUUUCCAGCGUAUCGUGGAGAAUGUCAACGUCAUCAUCUCCACCUACGGCGAGGAUGAAGGAGGGCCCAUGGGUCAAAUCAUGGUUGAUCCAGUCUGUGGUACCGUUGGCUUUGGUUCUGGACUCCACGGCUGGGCUUUCACCUUGAAGCAGUUUGCUGAAAUGUAUGCUGCCAAGUUUGCUGCCAAGGGCAACACCCAGAUGACUCCAGCUGAACGCUGCAAGAAGGUGGAGGACAUGAUGAAGAAGCUGUGGGGUGACAGGUACUAUGACUCUGCGGCUGGAAAGUUUGUCAAGGCCGCCACUGCACCUGAUGGUAAAAGGUAUCCCCGUACCUUCUGCGCUCUGGUCCUGGAUCCCAUCUUCAAGGUGUUCGACGCCAUCAUGAACUUCAGGAAGGAUGACACUGAAAAACUCAUCCAAAAGAUGGAAAUCAAGUUGGACAAUGAAGACAAAGAGAAGGAGGGCAAGCCUCUCCUGAAAGCUGUGAUGCGUCGCUGGCUGCCUGCCGGUGAAGCUCUUCUGCAGAUGAUCACCAUUCACCUGCCUUCCCCCGUCACUGCUCAGAAGUAUCGUUGUGAGCUGCUCUAUGAAGGACCCCCAGAUGAUGAAGCUGCCGUUGGCAUCAAGAACUGUGACCCCAAGGCUCCCCUGAUGAUGUACAUCUCCAAGAUGGUUCCUACCAGUGACAAGGGUCGCUUCUAUGCAUUCGGCCGUGUGUUCUCUGGAUGUGUGUCCACUGGGUUGAAGGUGCGCAUCAUGGGACCAAACUAUGCCCCGGGAAAGAAGGAAGAUCUCUAUUUGAAGCCGAUCCAGAGGACCAUUUUGAUGAUGGGUCGCUACACUGAGCCCAUUGAAGAUGUGCCUUGUGGUAACAUCGUGGGUCUGGUGGGAGUUGACCAGUUCCUUGUGAAGACCGGAACCAUUACUACCUUUGAGCAUUCACACAACAUGAGAGUGAUGAAGUUCAGUGUCAGCCCUGUUGUAAGAGUGGCGGUGGAGGCCAAAAACCCUGCUGACCUGCCCAAGCUGGUGGAAGGAUUGAAGCGUCUGUCCAAGUCUGAUCCCAUGGUGCAGUGCAUCAUUGAAGAGUCUGGAGAGCACAUCGUUGCCGGAGCUGGAGAGCUGCAUCUGGAGAUCUGCCUCAAGGAUCUUGAAGAGGAUCAUGCUUGCAUUCCACUGAAGAAAUCUGACCCUGUAGUGUCCUACAGAGAGACCGUCAGCUCGGAGUCGGAUGUGAUGUGUCUGUCAAAAUCACCAAACAAGCACAACAGGCUGUUCAUGAAGGCUCGCCCCUUCCAAGAGGGCUUGGCUGAGGACAUCGAGAAGGGUGAGGUCACUGCUCGUCAGGAGCUCAAGACCCGUGCUCGUUACCUUGCCGAUAAGUACGAGUGGGACGUCGGUGAGGCAAGGAAGAUCUGGUGCUUCGGACCUGAUGGAACUGGUCCCAACCUGCUGGUGGAUGUCACCAAGGGAGUGCAGUACCUCAAUGAGAUCAAGGACAGUGUUGUGGCUGGUUUCCAGUGGGCUGUGAAGGAGGGUGUCCUGUGUGAAGAAAACAUGCGCGCCAUUCGCUUUGACAUCCAUGAUGUGACCCUGCAUACAGAUGCUAUUCAUCGUGGUGGUGGACAGAUCAUCCCCACAGCCCGCAGAGCUCUGUAUGCUUGUGAGCUCACAGCAGAGCCCAGAAUUAUGGAGCCAGUCUACCUGGUGGAGAUCCAGUGCCCUGAAGUUGCCAUCGGUGGAAUCUAUGGUGUGUUGACCAGGAGACGUGGUCACGUGUUUGAGGAGAGCAGGGUCAUGGGAACACCAAUGUAUGUCAUCAAAGCCUACCUGCCUGUCAUGGAGUCGUUCGGUUUCACAGCCGAUCUGCGUUCAAACACUGGCGGACAGGCCUUCCCACAGUGUGUGUUCGACCACUGGCAGGUGCUCCCUGGAGACCCACUGGAGGCCACCAGCAAGCCUGGCGUUGUCGUCACGGAGACACGUAAACGCAAAGGUCUCAAAGAAGGUGUCCCAGCCUUGGACAACUAUCUGGACAAAUUGUAAAAGCCUGGAUCCGACGUCUCUUGUCUCAUUCCUUCUUGCUCAACAAAUUUAAGCCUACAUCACGGGACCGGACUGUACAGAAUACAGUGACAAAUGUUUGCCAAAAGGAUUGACAAUAAUGAAGAAACAACUACAAAAAGUGUAAACGAAGAAUAAAAGAACAUAAAAAGUUGAA